AUGGACAUGGGUGAUGAUACGGAUAUAACCACAAAAAUACGGAUUACAGUGUUAUUUUUUGCAAAAGCACGUGAAUUAACUGGAAAUAAGGAAUGUCAAAUUUAUAUACCAAGAAAAUUAUCUUCUGCUGAUCUUCUUGACAAAAUUAUCUGUACUUUUCAAUUGGAAGCUAUACGUAAUCAGUUAAUGUUAGCUGUGAACGAGGAAUUUGUCGUUUCAAAUAGUAUUCUUGUAUUAUCAGAGAAAGACGAAAUUGCAGUUAUUCCACCACUUAGUGGAGGUUUGUGUAAUGAAUACGAUUAA